UAAAUAGACCCCAAUGCAGAGGUUUAGGUCCAGAAACUCACUUCUCAUUGGCUGGCAACAUGAACACCCUCCAAGCAGUAUUCCUUGUGGCUUUGGGCCUCUCUGUUGCCCAGGCAACCAACCUUAACUACAGGGCCCUGUGGCAGUUCAGAAACAUGAUCCUCUGCACUAUGCCUGAUAGCUGGCCCAUCUUCGACUAUGCUGACUACGGCUGCUACUGUGGCAAGGGAGGCUCUGGUACCCCUGUGGACGAACUGGACAGGUGCUGUGAGGUCCAUGACCGGUGCUACUCUGAUGCCAUGCAGCACGAUGAAUGUUGGCCCAUCAUUGACAACCCUUACACUGAGUCCUAUGCCUACGACUGUGACAAGAACCUCAGAAAGGUCACUUGCAAGAGCAACAAUGACGGAUGUGAGAUGUUCAUCUGUGAGUGUGACAGGAAGGCUGCGGAAUGUUUCGCCAGGAGCCCCUGGAACCCUGAGCACGAGCACCUUCCCAGUAGCAGUUGCCAGUAAGGCCCACAGAGGAACCUGAAAACAUAGUUCAGAUAGCACCUUCAGUGCAAUGUAUGACUUGUUGAAUUGCUUUCCCCCCCGCUAAAACCACCUCAUUUUUUCAAGUUGUGACUCAUGCAAUGCCUUUUGAGUUUAAUCUAUCUGGUUGUCACCUGUUGGGGUUUGCUACCGGUCGUUUCCUAUAUCUGGUUGUGACCUACCAGCCCGUCACUCCAUGAAUCACAGCUAGUUCUACUCUGGGAUUUGUUUCUCGUUUAGAUGGUGUGGAAGAUAAACGGAGUAACAGAUCUGCUAAAUGACUAAAAUGUAAAUGUAAAUUAAACUGAAUAAAACAGAUUGAGAAACUGA